CCAACGCAUACGUCAUCGUCUUCCUCCUCCUCCCGGUCGGCCGAUUUGGGGAUUUAUUAGGGUUUCUGUCCUUUCCACUGCCAGCUGGAUUCGAUUGGGGGAUCGGAGGUGGCGAUGGAGUCCCUGUUCGGGUUCUGGGAUGAGCAGUCGCAACGGAGGAGGAGGAGGAGGAGCGGCUUCGACUCGCUCAAGCACCUGGGCCACAUCUCCCCCGCCGUGCAGUCCCACCUCAAGCACGUGUACGUGACCUUGUGCUCCGCGCUGGCCUUCUCCGCACUCGGCGCCUACCUGCACAUCAUCCUCAACAUCGGCGGCACCCUCACCACCUUGGGAUGCCUGGCCGCCAUCGUCGGCCUCUUCUCGCUGCCCACCUACCAGGAGAAGAACCGCUUUGCCUUGUUCAUGUCUGCCGCCCUCCUUCAAGGGACCUCCGUUGGCCCUCUCAUCCACCUUGCUCUUGACUUCGAUCCAAGGAUUCUAGUGACGGCAUUCAUCGGAACUGCAAUUGCUUUUGGAUGCUUCUCGGGUGCUGCUAUCAUUGCCAAACGCAGGGAAUAUCUGUACCUUGGCGGUUUGCUUUCUUCUGGCCUCUCAAUUCUUCUCUGGCUGCAGUUUGCCGCUUCCAUCUUUGGCCAUUCCACUGCGACCUUCAUGUUUGAGCUCUACUUUGGCCUCCUGGUUUUCCUGGGAUAUAUGGUGUUUGACACCCAGGAGAUCAUCGAGAGGGCACACCAUGGGGAUAUGGACUACAUCAAGCAUGCACUUACUCUCUUCACCGACUUUGUUGCAGUUCUUGUUCGGGUCCUUGUCAUCAUGCUGAAGAAUGCGUCGGAGAAAUGUGAAGAUGAGAAGAAGAGGAAGAAGCGCUCUUGAAUACUACAAACCGUCUGCUGGGAUCUCCCCGCUUGAAAUGCGUUAAAGUUACUGCUCCUGUUUGAUGUACUGGAGUGUAUGCUUGGUUAGGUUGUUGUGUUGAUUUGCCGGUGACGAACGAACUUGCUGUUUCUUCAGGCUACCUGUAUCUAGCACUGUAAUGUAAUGCAAUUCAUCAGUGGUAUAACAAUGCUGCCAGUAAUGUUGUUUCCUUGCUGAA